GUGAAAUACACGGAGCUCAGAGGAUUGUCUUUAUCGUCCUCAUACCCGUCCUCGUCCUUCUGUCCGGCUUGUUUGCCGGGCUGACCCUGGGCUAUAUGAGCUUGGACGAGACGCAACUCAACGUCCUGAGUGUCAGUGGAACGCCAAAGCAGCAAGCUUACGCUAGGAAAAUUCAACCCAUACGAAAAAACGGGCAUCUCCUGUUGGUCACGCUACUACUCGCCAACAUGGUCGUGAAUGAAACCCUCCCCGUCAUUUCUGACCCCGUCUUGGGGGGUGGGGUACAGAGUGUCGUAGUCAGUACGGUUUUGAUCGUCAUCUUUUCGGAAAUCAUCCCGCAGUCUGUAUGCACUCGGUAUGGUUUGGCGGUCGGCGCGAUCAUGGCGCCGUUCACACGCGUGCUCAUUUGGACUCUUGGCAUUGUCGCUUGGCCAGUGGCCAAACUUCUCGAGUUCGUCCUCGGCUCACACCAUGGAAUCAUGUAUCGCCGGUCCGAACUCAAGGAACUCGUCAAUAUGCACGCGGCAACCGAAGCUCACGGUGGUGAUCUCAAACGUGACACCGUCACCAUCAUAGGUGCUGCCCUUGAUCUCGAAGAGAAAACGGCGAAAGAUGCGAUGACACCGAUCGACAGCGUUUUCAUGCUGCCCUUGUCCGCGAAACUCGAUCAUGAUACGCUCCACAACGUAGUCAGCACUGGACACAGUCGUAUACCUGUAUAUGACUGGGUCGAGGUCCCGAUGUUCACGAAUGACGUCGAAGUCAGGAAGGAAAAGGUCAAGAAAGUGAUCGGGAUAUUGUUGGUCAAAAACUGUGUUUUGCUCGAUCCGAAGGAUGCGAAGCCCCUCCGUGAAAUGCCGCUCAACCGCGUUGUUUUCGUGCCUCAGAAUGAACUUCUUCUCGGGAUCCUUGACAAGUUCCAAGAAGGCCGGAGUCACAUAGCUGUUGUCACGCGAUUCAGCAAGGCGGUGGCUGCUAGUGUUAAGCAAGAGGUCAAGAAAGGUUUUUCACAGCGAUUGAAGGACAAGGUUGGCAUGACGGACUCGAGCGAUAGUGACACCACCGAUGAUGAAGACGACACGAAAGAUGGCAAGAAAUCAAAGGAAAACGGCCAGCCGCAUCAGCUGUCUGUUUUUGGCAGUGGCUUAGAGCAGAACAUGCCUGCGGACGCCGUCCUACCCAGAUCUGGCCGAAACGAGAUAACGCAAAGCAUAGAGCCCGGUGUGAUGCCACUCGGCAUCAUUACAUUGGAAGAUGUGCUCGAAGAACUCAUUGGUGAAGAGAUCUACGAUGAAUUCGACCAGGAAGGUGUCAAGCCGGAUUACCACUUCGCCCGUCCCGAAAAGAAGCCAUCCAAAGCUCCGGAGAGUACGCCGAACUCUGAACCCGGCGCCAAAACCAACCUGUCAUCCCCUCCUGCCUCUCGCCGGCCAUCAUUCAGAAUACCCAGGUCAAUCAAGCUUACGCCUUCUGCGCCGAAGAAAGCGAGGAGUCUACCUUCUUCCGAGGAAGCUGCACCCGCACCCGCUGAUGUUUCAACUACGGCGCCAGGCAGUCCCCAAGUCGGGGGCAGCUUCACGCCUGCUGGUCGUUCAGCGUCGCCGAUGCCUAUGGACGUCUCCGAAGGAGGCCCGGCAGGAAAUGACACGACGGAGCCGGGAUCCCAGUCUCCUGCAAUCCCCACCGUUGUAACUCCCGCAACCGCGGCGCCGCUGGGAGCGGUAUUGCACGAGCGGGCGAAAUACAGGCAGCCGUCCGUCACAAGGACAAAUGCUGGUGGCUCGCCCAAAAUCGUCGGGAAAGGGAGGCUUUUCAAAAGCGUUCCCAUAGACGGAAAUGCCAGUGAAACGACUGCUCAGGAACCUACAGAAAUGGUGAAAACGGAGGCCCUCGUGGAUGAAAGCAAGGGAGAAAAGCAUGGCCCGUCGUAGUCACAUGCGUGGAUGUCUAGUAGUAGUUAUUCAUUUGGCUAACUGUGGUGCAUGCAAACAAC